AUGAGCAACUGGACGGCGCCCGGGCUGGACGGGACCCGGCUGCUCCUGCAGCCGCUCUGGGAGGCCCUCCUGGCGCGGGAGCCCCUGCUGAAGUCGCCCUUCUUCCCCGCCCUCUUCAGCUUCGCCGCCUACCUGGCCUGCUGCGCGCCCUUCGCGGCGCUGGACGGCCUCCAGGCCAUCCUGCCGGCCCUGCGGAAGUACAAGAUCCAGCCGCUGGGGGCGCCCUCCUUGGCGGCCGUGGCGGCCUGCCUGGCGCGCAGCCUCCGCGACCACCUCACCGGCAUCUUCCCCGUCACCCUGGCCCACUGGUACUGGAGGGCGGGCAGCUUGCCCCAGAGGGCCCCCGAGCUGCCCCGCCUCCUGCUGGACCUCCUGGCCGGCCUGCUGCUCUUCGACUUCCUCUCCUUCCUGUGGCACCUGCUCCACCACCGCGUGCCCUGGCUCUACAGGACCUUCCACAAGGCGCACCACCGGCACGUGGCCACCUUCGCCCUCAGCACCCAGGACUCCAGCCUGUGGGAGCUGCUGUGGCUGGGCUUCUUCGCCGCCGCCGUCCCUGUGCUGCUCGGGUGCCACCCCAUGACGGAGCUGGCCUUCUUCGUGGCCAACAUUUGGCUCUCCGUGGAGGACCACUCGGGCUACGACCUGCCGUGGUCGACCCACAGGCUGGUCCCCUUCGGGCUGUACGGGGGAGCCGUGCACCAUGAUCUCCACCACCUGAAGUUCAGGUUCAACUAUGCGCCGUACUUCACGCACUGGGAUCGGCUGUUUGGGACCCUCGCCCGGGCGGCGGGGGAACAUCCUGCACCUGCAAAGCUGGCCAAAGACUUAAGUUCUUCAAGAUCUUUCUCCAAAGGCUGA